AGAAUUGAAGAGACUAUAUUCUAUGGUGCUCUGAUACUCUGGCGCCAACAAGACAAGUGAAACUUGGUUAUAUUUUUUAUCCCUAACAGAGAAACACCCAGAAAUAUUAUAGAUAACAAACAUGAUUUGUUUAUAUUUUGAUGCGUGUUAAGUAAAAUGGAAAACGCGCCAGAGAAAAGUGAAACAAAAAGUCCAGAGUGUGUUUACAUUUAGACAGUGAUUGAAGGAGUUCGGAGUUUUUGAAUUUAGAAUUAAAUAAAACUUUUCAAAAAUGGUUUUAGAAGACGUAGAAGAUCAAUUAUUCAAGAAACACGCAGAACUUUGCAAUAAACUCAAUUUAGAUAACAAAGCAGUAACAGAGUCUUGGGAAAGUUUCAAAAUUUUGAGCCAAAACUUUUUCCUAGAGGGUGAUCCUCUUCAUUGGCUGGGAUGUGCAGUAUUUGUAGCUUGCAGAAAAAGUAUCACUCCUACGGUUGGAAGUAGUGUCAUUGAGGGCAAUUGUGUUAGUCUUACAAGUUUACUACGUUGCUGUAAUCUGAAUCUGAUUCAAUUUUUCUUCAACAUACGGCGAUGGUCUGAUAUGACAGGUAUGCCUGAAGAGUUCAUCAAAAAAAUUGAUGCCUUAGAAGAGUCUUUUUCUGUUACUUGUAAUGUUUUCAAGGAAUACUGCGUAAUAUUCCCAAAAAUAUUUAAAACCCCUGAGCUGUCUGAUUUAGAAAUACCAAAACUGCACAGAAACAGAAAGCAGAAAAUUGGUUUCAGAUCUAUGCAAUGCACCCCUGCAAAAAUAUUUGAAUUCAUAUGGAAUCUUUACAUCACAAUAAGAGGAGAAGAUUCCAGCUAUAGUAAUGAUCUAGUGCAAUCAUAUCACCUACUUCUGGGAAUUUGUGAUUUAGCUUUUAAAAAUGCUUUCUUGACUGAAAGACGGGAUCUACUCAACCCACAAUUUUCAGGACUUCCAGCAGAUUGGUCAAGUCCUGAUUUUACAUGUCCUGCUGAUGCACCCUGUAUAAUAGAUAAAAUAAUAACCAACUCUUCAAACUCACUAGAUGCCAAAUACCUUGAGAAAUAUCAAUGCAGAAAUACUUUAACCAUGUUUUUCAAAAAUGGCAUUCUUCUUGGAAAUGAGAACAAUUUUGUUGGAUUAUUUGAUCCACAAGUGUUCGAGACAAACUUUAGGGAAAUAAAAAAAACUUAUGAAGCUCAGUUGUUGAGUAAUGGCGGCUUUGAUGAGAGAAUUUUCUUAGCUGAGUAUCGAAGAAGGAUUUUAGAGAAGGAACACGAGAAUCAGAAUAACUGGGGAACUAUUCCUCCACAAUCAGAAUCUGGAGAUGAAUUGCCCACUGAUUCCCCUAGUAAAUCUCACAGUUUUGGCACAAUUACUUCGAGGAUUUGCGAUACACCACUGACAGGUAGGAGAUUUUUGAGUCCCCGAGAGGGAAAAGAAGUUAGUUCUUUAGCAUCAGCAACGCAGAAUAUAGCUCGGCUUCAAGUGAUACUGAGUGGUAGGUCACCCCAACCCAGCGAUGCUUUGAAAAUAUUGUUUCAAUCUUCCUGUAUUUCUCCCAUUACGAAAAUUGCUGACAUAGUCACACGCUUAGGCGAGAAAUUCGUAAAUAGUUUUAUACAAAUAAAAAACUCCAUUAAUAUAGAUGAGCAGAAUGAAAAUGCAAAGAAUAGACUUCUUACAGGAACAAAACUUUUUUAUAAACUUGUAGAGAGCAUCUUGGAACAUGAGAAAACAAUAAAUAAGGAUAUUUCGGGUUUAGUUCAGAAAGAUAUUUUCUAUGAAUGUGUUUUUGCUUGUUCAAUGGAAAUAGUUCUUUACUGUUAUAAUUGCAACACAAAAUUCCCUUGGAUUAUAUCAGUUUUGGAGAUUGAUGCUUGCGAUUUUGUGAAAAUUAUUGAACUCAUUGUCAGAUCUAAAGACCCCUUCUAUAGAGAUACAAUAAAGCAUCUUAAUAAGAUUGAAGAAACUAUAUUGGAGUCUGUCGCCUGGAAAUCUGGUAGUAGUCUAUGGAACUUGAUCAAGCAGUAUGAUCAAGGUAUACCAAAAGAAGAGGAAGUAGCAUUACCAAGUCAAGUGUCCAGUAUAAAAGUUCAACGAGAUAUAAAACAACAAAUAAUUACUGAAGAACCUAAGACACCCACAAAACUUCAGUCACCUGGUCCUUCAGCUACAGAGCAGUUUCAAUCGCCCAUAAGCGUAAGUCGGCAGUUAUUUCCUGGAUCAAAAUCGGCAUCUCAAAAGUUGAAUGUUGAUGGUGAUCUUAAGAAUAGUCCUGUGGAGGAAGUAUCAGAUGAAACAGUCCCACCUGCAAGACCAAAAAGAACUGGAAGCUUGGCAAUUUUUUUCAGAAAGUUCUACAACCUAGCAGCAGUGAGAAUGAAACAUCUUUGUACCCAGUUGAACAUCAAUGAUAAUGAGCUGGAACGAAAAAUCUGGACUGUUUUCGAAGUUUCGAUACAAAAAAAAGCAGAAUCAUUGCUUAAAGACAGACAUCUUGAUCAACUAUUGAUGUGUGCAGUUUAUGUCAUUCCUAAAGUACUUCAAAAACCACAAACAUUCAUGGAAAUAAUGAAAUGCUAUAGGCAGCAACCUCAAGCUGAUAGUUACAUCUAUAGAGAUGUUUUAUUAGAAAAUAAAACUUCUAAAGUUGUUGAUGGUGUCAAGGAAGAAAUACCUGAAAGACGAGGUGACUUGAUCGAAUUCUACAAUUCUGUUUAUGUUAUUGAAAUGAAGGACUUCACAAUGAAAUUUGCGAAUGGGACACAGCCUUGUGAUAUUAUGGUCAGUCCAUUACCUGUGCCUUGUGGCAGGAGAUGUCUGGUUUCUCCAAGUGUUCAAAUAAUAAAGAAUGUUUUCGUGAAACCUUUAGAUAGUCCUGUAAUUCAGAAUCCAAGCAUCCGGAGUUACAAUUAUUUUUUCAGUAGAAGUCCCUCAAAGGAUCUAAAGGACAUCAAUAAAGCAAUUAAUAAUAAUGGCUUGAAUGUCUGUGGAAAACGACUCCUGAUCGAUGGUGAUGAAUUUCCCAGUAGUAAAAAAAUUGCAACAAGAAAAGUCCAAUCUCUACUGGAAGAAAGACGUAGGCAAUUCUGAGAAUAAUCUUUUUCCUAAUGAAAAACAUGAUCAUUUGAUCUAAUUGAAUAUUACCUUUGAAUUUUUUAAUAGAGAUUUGUUUUAAUAUCCGUCACAUAUUUUGACUUGAUAUAUUUUUAAUUAACUUAAUUAGGCCCUUGGAAAAUGUUUCAAAGUUUCAAAUGAAUACUAAUACGAAAAAUUAGGUAAACAUGGGUGAAUUAGAUAAUUUUUGCUUUGAAUAUAUUCUUAUUCAUUAAGUAGUACAAGAUUUAAUAUAUUGAUUUUAUCUUCACAACUUUGAUCUCAGCUUUGGUUUAAUUUUAAUUUAUUAAUUGAAUGAAAUCACAAAUUUUAUUAACUUAUUUUCUUGUAUAAUCCCAAUCAAUGAAAUUUAUAGCCAAUUGUUCAUUUUUAACCACAAUGAUAUUCUUAGAUCACUAGUCUGACAACUGUAAUUUCACUCAAUCAAAAAAGAGGCUUUUUCUCUCAUAACAUCUAAUUAUAUUAUGAAGAGCUCUUUUGUUCCUCAAUUAUCAGAUAAACGAAAUUAUUAUUUCCAUAAUUCGUAAUAAUAUUAUGUUAUAAUUUGUUGUCUUAUUUAUGGGUUAUAUAGUGCACUGGUAUGAAUUGUUGAAAUAUAAAAUAUUCUUGAG